AUGGCGCGCCCUGGAUUCAUCGCUCUCCUCGUGGGAGCUUCGCUGGCGCUGCUGGUGGUUCUGCAGCUAUUCGCAAAUGCCGGCCUCCAUGAGACUUCCUCGCGUUUCGACUUUCAUCCUCUCAGGGAGACCAGAGCAGGAACAGAUGACGACAAUGUGUUUCUCCUAGGGGUGGGAAAGGCCGAUAUUACAGGACCCGUGGUGGAAGUCGGCCUGAAUGGCUAUGCCGACCUCAGCCAAGUAGGCACCGGCCUGCGACAGAGAAUCUUCUCGCGAGCUUUCAUCAUUGCUGAUCCAGAUGAUACCGACAACACGAUUGUGUACUUGAUAGUCGACGCGCAAUCAGGUGACACUGCUGUGCGACAUGGUGUCUUGCAAGGGCUGGCCGCCCUGGGCGGAGAAUAUGCCCGCUAUGGCGAGCAUAAUAUAGCCCUAUCGGGGACCCAUGCUCACUCUGGCCCCGGCGCAUGGAUGAACUAUCUCCUGCCCCAGAUCCCAACCAAGGGAUUCGACAAGCAAAGCUAUCAGGCUCUCGUCGACGGCGUGCUACUGUCGAUCAAGCGCGCCCAUGAAAGCCUGACCCCGGGUCGUUUGACCCACGGCACUACUGAAAUAACUGAUGGCAAUGCCAACAGAAGUCCCUAUUCCUACCUGGCCAACCCGGAGGAAGAAAGGAAUCAAUAUCAAUACAAUACCGACAAGACUAUGACCAUGCUGAGAUUUGACCGCACUUCAGACAGCAAGACCACUGCCGUCCUGACCUUCUUUUCCGUCCAUGGCACGUCCCUCUACGAGAACAACACCCUCACUGCAGGAGAUAACAAGGGUGUCGCUGCCUGGCUGUAUGAACGAAGCGUCGCAAACGACACGCGGUUUGCUGACGACUUCGUGGCUGGCUUCUCGCAAUCAAGCGUUGGCGACACUACGCCAAACGUUCUGGGUGCUUACUGUGAAGACACGGGAUUGCCAUGCCGCUUUGAAGACAGUACCUGCAACGGCAAAACGGAGCUCUGCCGCGGACGAGGACCAUACUUUCAGGAAAAUGAUUACGGUGCGAAGAGCUGCUUCGAGAUGGGCCGACGCCAGUACUCCGCGGCCAAGGAUCUCUAUGAGCAGCUAGACUCCAAGGGUACUCAGAUUGUCGGAAGCUCAUCGGUUGCGUCUUACCACGUUUACCAUGACUUUACCAACUACACGUUCCCAUCUCCCUUCAAUUCAUCUACAUUGAAAACCUGUUAUGCCGCGCUCGGAUUCAACUUUGCCGCCGGUACCACGGACGGACCAGGACAAUUCGAUUUCACUCAGAACAGUACAGGACCGGCAGAAGAGAACCCUCUGUGGUACGUUGCAAGGGCGUUUAUCCACCAGCCCUCGGCAGAGCAACAAGCUUGCCAAGCCCCCAAAGAGAUCCUUCUCGAUGCAGGAGCAGUGACUCUUCCUUAUGCCUGGGCUCCAAACAUUGUGGACAUCCAGGGUUUCCGUGUCGGACAGCUAUUGUUUAUCAUUUCGCCUAGUGAGGUGACUACAAUGUCUGGACGCAGAUGGAAGUCGGCCAUUUUGAAUGCAUCCACCGAAGUUCUCGGAAUUGAGGAUCCCUUGGUUGUUCUCGGGUCUCCUGCCAACACAUAUGCCCAUUACCUGACGACUGAAGAAGAAUACGGCGUCCAGCGUUACGAGGGAGCGUCGACACUGUACGGGCCGAGCGAGUUGGCUGGAUAUGUAAACCUCACCUUGACAUACCUACCUUACUUGGGCAGUUCGUCGGACGUGUCGAAACUGGCCCCUAUUCCUGCCGGACCCAACCCUCCGAUCAACACGAACAACUCGCUCAGCUUUAUCACGGGAGUGGUCUACGACGGCGCCGCAAGUGAUCAAUCCUUUGGCGAUGUUUUGUCCACAUCUCCCAAUGUGACGUACGGACGAGGCGACACCAUCGACGCGACGUUUGUCGGCGCCAACCCGCGCAACAACUUGCACCAGGAAAGCACCUUUGCCGCGGUCGAGUUCCUUGACACAUCUUCCGGGUCGUGGAAGACUGUACGCACGGAUGCCGACUGGAAUCUGAUCUACAUGUGGAACCGCACAAACACCGUCCUGGGAUACAGCAACGCUACCAUAGCCUGGCAGAUCGAGGACGACUACUACGAGAUUGGAAACCCCAAUCCUGUCCAGAGCGGGUCUUACCGGUUGCAUUACUAUGGUGACUCCAAGAGUGUUGGCGGAGAUAUCACAUCCUUUGAAGGCGUCACCGGUGCUUUUACAGUAUCCGUCUAG